UUUUGUGCCAUUUCGCACGAUAGUUCUAAAGACGACGAAGAAGAAGAAGACGGAGAAGAAAUCUGCUGUCUGCUAGGGUUUCUUCCUCUCGAGAAACCUAGCGAUCCAUCCGCCGAAUUGGAAGAACUCGCUCCAAUUCCGAGUUUCCAAUACUGACUUCCGGAUUCGAACCGAACGAUUCUGUUGGGUUUCGGUUCGGAUUCGAGUUCUUUGGUGCAGAUCUGCUGCGAUGAUUUCUAGGAAUAUUGUCGACUUUUCCUGAUCUUGAAUCCCCGUUUCGAUGAAAUACGUCGGGUUUUGCCGAGUCGGAUUCGUUGAAGAUCGGAAUGGAGAGAAAUAGGGAGAGUAGAAGAGGAACGGCUGCUGUUUCCGGAAGCUUCUCGUCUUCUCGGCGCAGAUCUCGAGGCAACGUGUUUAGGGAGUCUCACGGUGUUUCUGAGGUUGAAGAUGGAGGGAACGAUCCCGUGGUUAGAGAUCGAUCCAACGGUAACGAUCGAUCUAGAAGGAGACGGAGGCUGAGCAGCUCAAACGAGAGCUUCCGUGUUGAUCAGGAUGACGUUGCAGACGGAAGCUCCGACGAGAGCUUGGAUGAAGAGCAUGAGGAAGAAGAUGAGAUGGUUCCACGCACCGGAGGUUCGUUGCGGCAGGCUAGCAGAGGCAAAUCGCAGUGGAAGGGAUCGGAUGAGGUUAUUGGGGUUUCAGUUCCUCGCAAGGCUCGCUCUGCUUCGGCUAAAAGGUUGCAGGAUUCAUUUCCGGCUGUUCGGCAGUCUUCUUCUUCUUCGCCUGCCCGGACUAGUGCCGCAUCUGUUUCCCCACCCCCGUCCAAUGCUUCAAUGAGAGCAGGCAAAAGAAUGAAACCUGUAACGAUGAAAACAAAGCCCAUGAAGACAUCAAAAGUCUCAAUUUCAGAAAGUGAAGUUGAAGUUGAAGUUGCUCAGGUCUUGUAUGGACUCACCAGGCUGCAGUCUCAUCCCUCUCCUGCCAAGCCAGAGAUCUUUCAAACUUCUUCCCCAAAACUUGAUCUGAAGCACAACUCAUCAAAUGAAGCUUCAGUCUCAGUUGUGUCCAAAGCUUCAUCUCCAGUGUCAAGUCCUGUUUCACCCCCAUCUUCGCAACCCUUAGUGUUGCCACAACAUUCAAGCCCUGUUGCUGCACCAACUCUGAUGGCUCCAAAAAGGAAAAAGCCAAAGCCUGUAUCGUUAGAAGACAGCAGCGACCCCACUACCUUGAUGGCAUGUUCUUCCAAGUCCUCUGGAAGCACCAAUGCAGGGAACCCUAUCAGUUUGGUUGCCGCUUCUCCUGUAAUGAAGAUGGCAGCAGACAAGGAUCCCCAAGGUACAAAAGUGGAGGUUUUAUCUGCAGAAGGUGACAAACAUGCAGCAGUCAGUAAUUCUGAUUCUUCCAAACCGGAAACUUCUUUGCCAGUUUCUUCAACCUGUCAGACUUCUAUGCCAAGAGAUCCUCUCCAUCCAGAAGAGAAACCAAGCUCCUUGAAUCCUGCUGAGGCAAAAACCGUCGUGUCUCCAGAAGAGAGGGUACCUGUAAGUGUUGUCCCGACAACAGCAGAAGAAAGAAUUUUAGAUGCCGACUGCAAAUUAUCCAUUGAUCAAAAUCAACAAAUCACCCAAAAGGAGAUGAGCUCUUUCAGCCAAGAUUUGCCUGUUCCAGAUGUUAAGCUUGAGGCACCAAAGAUGUGUGUUUCUCCUCAUAAAAUUAGAUGUUCUUCAGUUUCUGCUGCUACUGAGGGAGUGAAAGGGCCUAGAAUUGAAAUCGAUCUGAUGGCACCUCCUGAAAAUUUCUGUCCUGAUGACUGCAUGACCAAUGCUGUUGAUAGAAGUGCCCCUCUUGCAUCAGAUUACGGGCAUCGCCAAGUCAUUGAUGGAACUGUUGAUAAGAGCAAAGGAAUCACCAAUAUAGCUGAAAAGAUGGAGGUAGAGAAAGCAUCAGUGAAGCAGGAUCACAGCAUUCUGUCCGAGGUGAAAAUCCAAGUAAAGGAAGCUGUGGAGGAGGUGAACUUGGAGAAACAGUCAGUCAACGAGAGGAAAACUGAAUCACAUCAUGAUGGACACAAUUUGGAUAGGGCUGGUAACAAGCAACAGCACUUUCAGAAACUUACCAAAAGUACAGCAAGACAGGCAGAGAGAACUGCACCACCCAUAGGGAUCAUACCUACUGCUGCAACCCCGACUCCCAUGAUGAUUCCUGGUUGGCAUGGAGGUCUUCCUCCAUUUGGGUAUCUGGGUUCAAGCCCAGCUAAUCCUUCUGGAGUGCCAUCUGUUCGAGGAGCUAUACAUAUGGAAGGGAAUGCUGCCAUCCCAAAUGCCCCUGUUGUCAUGUUACCACAUCCGCGGCCAAAUCGUUGUGCAACUCAUCUUUUCAUUGCUCGUCUUAUCCAUUACCAGCAACAACUAGCAAGACUCAACCCUUUCUGGCAUGCUGCUGCUGCUGCUGGCUCAGCAGCUCUUUAUGGAGCCAAGCCCUAUAACAUGAGUAUCUUGCCCCAGUCAGAUGUAUUACUGUUUGGUGGCUCUUCUAUCAGGAAUCCAAACACCCUACCCAACAGUAGUCUUGGAUGUGGUUCAGCAGGCAGUCUAAAUGGCCACAACCUGAAGGAAAAGGCUCCCAACUCUUUUGCAGAUGUGCCAAGAAAGCAGCCAUUACUUCCUCAAUCAGCACAGCAGGGGCCGGCCUUCAUUUUUCCCAUCUCCCAGUCUAAAGCAGGGGAAACAAAACCGGGCGGCUUAGCAGAAAGUGCAGGUUUAUUGUCCGCCUCUGGAGCAGCAGCUGCAGCUGUGGCUGCUGCUGCCGCUUCUGCAAAUACCAAGUUUGGCAACAUAGCAACACCAACCUCCGAUCCUCAGUACCUCACCAUGCUUCACAGUAACUAUCCUUUUCCUGUCCCACCACCCUACAGGGCCCAUAUAAACCAGCAACCGCUGCAGCCAGCAGCAGCUCCUUUCUUUGCUGGCUCUUUCUACCCUUCUCAGCUAUUGCAGCUCCAGUCACACUCCCUGCCACAAACUCAAAAUCCCACCUGUUCAACUGGGUCAUUGACCUCUCAUAAGCAGCACCUCCGACCACCGCAUGGGUUUCCAGCAUCAAAGCCUCCAGAGUCUCAUGGCACUGAGCUCGAACCUCCCAAGAACAGUGAGGAUGGUACUGAUGGUCAAGCCUCGCUUGUUCAGAAGAAGAAGCUCCAGGCCCAGAACUUCCCCAGCAACUACCCAAACUUAAACACAAACUUGCCUCAGAAUUUUCCGAUCAUGGCAGCGGCUCUGGGUGGAAAGCUGCCACAACAGCCUGGUGACCCAGGUUUCCAGACGAUCAUGAAAGGUGUAGAGGUAGCCAGGCCAGUCCCACCAGGACAAGCAAUGCUGCAAGCCUUGCCAGAUGUUGGGCAUAACCAUUAUCAGCUUGGUAAUCUGUCAAAAGCUCCAGCAAAGGUUCCUGUUGCCAGGGACAAUGAUAAGUCGACUGAGUCUAGCCACCCCCCAUCGAUGGGAACUGCUGUGCAGCAGCAGGUCAUGGCUCGAGCCAAACCAGCUGUUUCUGCUGCCUCAACGGUUAUGGCAUCAGGGGGGAUGGCUUAUGCUGACCGGAUGCCUGUGGUCUAUUCCAGUGCCAAUUUUCCAGGAGGGCCGAUGGGCUUGUCAAACAUGCAGAACCCCCUGCAGUGGAAGAUGCAAUCUUCUCAGAGAGUGGCUCAAGCAGGCCCUCUUGGAAAUGCCAUUCUUCAAUCACCUGCAGCAGUACUUGCAACCUCCAAUGCUGGAAGUCCAGCAGGGAAGGUGGCGAAACUCCCAUCCACACCGCUGAAUUCAAGCCAGAAAGUGAUGACUACUGGGCCGUCUGUUUCAGCUCAGUCAGCUCAGGCUCAGAGCCUGGGUAAGAACCAGCAGCUCUUCUUCAAUUCGGAGCCUGUGCACCAGAGUGGUGGCACUGCUUUGCCCCAGAAGCGGCAUGCAGAGCCAAAUUCCGUAGCACAGGCAGUGUUUUCUGGCAACAUGAAUGCGAGAAGGGCUGCCAAUCAGCAUGCACAGCCAGUGCUGACAGGGUCUGGUGCUGGCAGUUAUGUUGUGGGUGGUGGGAAGGGUGCUGCUGUCCUUGGUCCUUUGGUUGGUGGCCCUAUAGCCGCAAUGGCUGGGGCAUCCUAUGGAAAAUCAGCUACAAACUUGCCUGCGAAAUCAACUGAACAAAAACCAGCGACAGCUUGAGGAAAAAAAUGAUGUGCAAAGGAUGAAAAGGCAAGCAGAGCUUCCACAAGGAGCCAAAACACUUUCUUCAAGGAGUGGCAGGACCCUUGGGGGGUGGGGGUGGCUGUGGGUCGGCUGAGCAGGAGCUGGUCAAGAGAUCCUAGGGUUGGAAAUUGCACGUUGAAGUUGAUGAUGAUGAUGAUGGGGCCCCCCCAGAUUUUGACAACGAGGAAGGGAUAUUGAGAGGAGAGGGAGAGAUGUUAAUCCAUUGUAUCGUAGGUUUAGGGCAUGAGUUAGGAGCUAAAUCUUAUUUUUGAGUUGUAUAUUAAUCUCUCCUUCUCUUUCUU